AUCAUUUAAUCCUGUCAAUAAAUUAUUAAAAAAAUCAUCAGCAUCAUCUUAUCUUUCAAUGACGUAAGCGGCUCGUUUAUUUACGAUGGUUGCUACACUUCGUCACGUGACUCGUUUACGGAGCAAAUAGCAACAACUGUCAUGGCGGAGAUGUAAACCCAAGUCGUCAAUGUCCAUGGGAUAAAAGAAGAUGUUGCCUUUUAAUUUGAACAUUUUAAAGUUGACUUUAUGAAAUUUUUAUUGUGAGCGUUCUGUACCCAGUGAGACAGAUCUUCAGGUGCAACUGGAAGAAAUAUUAUAAAAUUGUUUGUUAGAAAAAAAGUGAAAAAGACAUAAAUUAUGAAUCGAUAUGCAGUUACAAAACAGCUUGGAGAUGGGACAUAUGGCAGCGUCCUCUUGGCUACGUGCAUUGAGACAAAUGAGAAAGUGGCCAUUAAAAAGAUGAAGAAGAAGUACUACUCAUGGGAUGAGUGCUUAAAUCUCAGGGAAGUCAAGUCUUUGCGAAAACUAAACCAUGCAAACAUUGUGAAGCUGAAGGAAGUGAUACGGGAGAAUGACCAGCUCUUCUUUGUGUUUGAGUUCAUGAAGGAAAACCUCUACCAGAUGAUGAAAGACAGAGACAAGUUGUUUCCAGAGUCAGUGAUCAGGAACGUUAUCUACCAGGUGCUACAGGGGCUAGCCUUCAUGCACAAACAUGGUUUCUUUCAUCGUGACCUGAAACCUGAAAACUUGUUGUGUUCAGGGCCAGACUGUGUCAAGAUUGCAGAUUUCGGUCUGGCACGAGAAAUACGAUCUCGGCCACCUUACACAGACUAUGUCUCUACAAGAUGGUAUAGGGCUCCAGAAGUUUUAUUACGGUCAACAAAUUACAACAGUCCAAUAGACAUAUGGGCAGUGGGGUGUAUAAUGGCAGAAAUGUACACAUUACGUCCGCUGUUCCCAGGCAGUUCAGAGAUAGAUGAAAUAUUUAAAGUGUGCACAGUCCUUGGUACCCCCAAGCAGGAGGACUGGGACGAGGGCUAUCGCCUAGCAACCGCAAUGAACUUCCGUUGGCCCCAAUGUGUUCCUCAGAACCUGAAGUCACUGAUCCCCAAUGCCAGUAACGAGGCCAUACAGCUCAUGAAGGACAUGAUGCACUGGAACCCACAGAAGAGACCCACAUCCAGUCAGUGUUUGCGGUAUUCAUACUUCCAAGUUGGUCAGAAUCUCGGGACAACCCAGCCGGCCCCAUCACGACCUCCAGUCCAGAACACCACACCGGCCCAGCCGGCCUAUCGACAAUCGCCCGAGAAACCAAGUGUAGCGUCACCGCAGCAACCCAGUGUGGGGCGAAUGUUCCACGAGAAACCCACCGUACCCAACGUGCAACAGCCUGUUGUGCCUAACUACAGUCAGAAGCCAGCCAAUCAAGACUUGGAUGAUGGCUUCCAGUUAUCUGUCACAAAGAAGCAGAGUGCGAGGAAACGCUGGGGAGGGGGAGUGUCAGAUACAUGGGACGAUUUUGAUGAUCAGGAUUUCGGUGUUCCUAGGAAACAGAAAGCCUCGCCCGCCAAGCCUUUGCCAAGUAUAGGCGGCCAGAAUGAAAAGAAAGAAAACAUGUUCAAUGACGAUGAGGAUGAUUUCUUGUCGAGUAUAUUAGGUAAGAAGUCUUCAAAGGGGAAUCAGAGGGUACCGUCUGGUCGAUCUCGCGAGUCUUCGGCUAAACAGCACUAUAUGUCUAAGGCCAGAUACCUUCCUGGUAUAAACCCAAAAAGCAGUUCUCAGAAGGAGUCAGGUGUCCCUGGGCCCCUGGGUGGGGCAAACUGGGGAAGCCCCUCCCUCAACAAGGGCAGUGGUAUGAAUAUAGGGCGUGGCAACCCAAGCAUGGUCGGGAGCACAGGGUCACCAUCAUAUGUCCCUUCAUUCUUAUCGAGUAAUAAACCAAACACAGACUACUCUAAUGUGAGCUGGAAGCGCGCCCAACCGGCCCCCAUCGCUCUCAACAAGAACUCUGCGGGGUAUCGACAACCAGUAGGGGGUGCCCCUGCAGGAAGGACUGACUGGGCCGCCAAGUAUUUGAAGUCAUGAUAGCUGUUUUCUCAUCACCUGAAGUAUUUCAUCAAGAACAAUCAUUCUUCACCUUGUGUUUACACAUCCAAUUAUAAGAAAACUCUGUUGAAUAGAAAUUUUAACAUGCACCAUGUCAUGAAUAGCUAUUUCCCUAUAACAUUCAAUGUUGACCUUACCAAAUUUUGGUGCAAGUAUGUCACAUAUAUUUAUUUGAGUAAAUCACAUUUAAAUAGUACUGUAUGUAUGAAAUCUGUUCCCUAAAUGCAUUUGUGUUUUUGUGAAAUGUUGUCCAUGACUUUUGAUGAAAAAUAUAUGACAAUUGUAAAUACUUGUUCUUCAACAUUCAUAGAUAAUUUUACUCAUAUUUUUGUAUGUACAAAUCAUAAAGAUAUUAAUGCAGAAGCCUGUGAUUUUAUGUGCUUUAAUCAUGGUGAAAAAUAUUUUACCUUUAUUCAAACUGUGUCUGAAAUAGGCACAGUUGAUUUAUCUGGUAAAAGGAAAUACAUUGCAAGUAGUCGGAAAACCAAAUGAUGGUUUUGGAAUAAAUAAUCAUUUACAAUAUACAUAUGUUUAGAUUCAACAUGUAUUAUAUUUUAAGAUGAAAUAGAAUGUUUUAGUUUUGUUCAAUUUAUUGUCACUGAAGUUAUUAUCAAGCUGUAUAUGUAAAUAUUUUUACAAAAAAGAGAGAUCUAAAACGCAUUAUUUAGCGUAUAACUGGUGUUAAAUGUUUGUGACAUUUGAUAGAGAAGACAAUAGUUCACAAGAUGACUAGAUGAAUUCAAUAUUUCCACACAUUUAACAAGUGUUUUUACUCCUUCUUAAUUCAAUAUUUUAUAACUGAAGUAUGCGUGCAGAUUAACUAUCUCAUCUUUAAGACAUUAACCUUUGUAAGCCAAACCAUACAAGAACAAAAAGUAUCAUAUACAUGUAUAUCCUUAGUUAUCUCAUUUUGGAGAUAGCAUAAUUUAUGGUGUUUGGUGUAUGAUGGCACCAGAAAUAAAGGACAUAAAUGUUUACAGUAAUGUAUAUUUCAUUUCAUUUCCUUUCCGUGUGUGCCAGAAUGUGUCAAAUAGUAAUUACUUCUUAAAGUAAGCUUAUAACCGUCCAUUUGCUAACUGUAAAAUGUUUACACUAAAAGCAUUAAUUGUAAGCUCAAUCAUUAUAUUUUGUCUCCGUGUUAAACCUGUUGUUUAUCUUAUCCGUUCUCUGAGGUCAAUUUCACACAUGCAAAAAGUAGAAAGGGUGGUGUAAGGGCCCUUUUCACGUUCUCGAGAUGUGUACUCUAGUACUCUAUGAGUUGCGGCCCUUGAUAAAACAAAUAGAUAAUGAGGCUGACAAUGUGAAAGCUGUAAUUUCCUAUUGAGGCAUUUUAAUCUAUUUGAAUUGGAUUCUUAUAAUUUCCAUUAUUAUUUCAAAGCUUUUAUCAGCCAGGCCAUAUAAUUGUUGUAGGUCAUGAAACCCUUUCUACAGCCAUUUUCCCCCUAUCUCUGAUUCAAGUAGGGCUGUUUUCAGCUACUGGCAUAAGUAUGUACACUUUUUCUGGUAAAUCAGCUAAGACAGAAAAAGUGUAUCUGAAAUACUGUUUUAAAUGCUGAACAAUCCAACUGCACUAGCAAACAAAUCAAAACUUGCUCCAAAAAAUAUGUAAAUUAUCGUUAUUCUUUAAUAUUAUCUUCAUGGCUUUCGGCUGUUGGCCAGGUGUAGUGAAACAAGAAAAUAGGAAAAGGAGAGAUUGUGCAUUUUUUAUUAUGUAAAGACAACAUUUUUGUUGCAAUUACAUGUUAAAAUAUUGUCCAUUCAAUAGAUUUAAGUAGAUGAACAAAAUGGCCUCUUUCAAUUUUGAAUUAUCUGUCCAUUGACCAUUUUACACAUUUUUUUUCUGUGCGUAUUUUAUGUUAUAUAUUUGUUUUUGACCUUUGAAAUAGAUUAUAAUGUUAUGUUUUGCUUUGUAUAUUUUAAUACAGAGUUCUAAAUCAUUUGUCAUAACUAAAAAUAUACGAAAUAAAGAUUUAUUUAAAGUUCGACGUUAUAUGAGUGCUUUGUGAUAUACUUGAUUUAUGUUGUGUCAAAACAAGAAAACACUGAAUUACUUGACUGAAAUAUUGUCCACUUGUCCAGUUCUAACGUUUUUAGCAGACAAACUGCCAUAAUCUUACGUAUAAUGAUGAUCUGUAUGAAACAAAACAGUCUCGGCAUUACAUCAACAUAUGUUAGAAUUAAUUAUGUAAGAACAAUUAAAAAAAAUUAUAAUAUCUAUAAGAAUGUAUUUUCAAUAAUUAUGGUGCUUUGUUCAGGUUUGUCAGUGUUUAAUUAUUUUGACAUUGUUGAAAAUCUGUGAUAAUAUUCCAACACUUGGAAUGCUUUAUUUUUUGUUAAUAUUAAAAAAUGUACAUUUAAUUAUAUAUUUAAUUUAAUCAUAUGGCAAUUUAUGAAAGCAAAUGGCUUUACUUGUAUCAAUUUACAGCACUAUCAUUUCCAGACAUGCACUUGAAUAAAGUAGUAUUCACAUGCUAAAUGUGUCUCUAGAAUUCUGUGUCUUUUCAUAUUAACAAUUCUUAAGUAUUCUGCGUCGUUUUCAAGGGUCAUUCUAAAUGUUUAUCAGUUUGAUAUAAGAUAGGGAAUUCAUGUCACCCAUUUAUGAAAUAUCUUUUACAUGUAUCUUCAAAAGAUGUUUAUGGGAAUUAAUACAUGUUCAUAUUAUCAAUAUCCAAUCAUUAAGCAUUUUCAUGCAUACAUGUAGUUUCAUUAUUUUAUUGAUUUUUUCUUAACAUAAUUAGCAGAUUCUACCAGUUACGGGAAAAUAUUAUUAAAAUAGGUUAUUCAUUUUAGGCUUUUGUGUUGAUAUAUUCUUUCAAUAUAAAGGCCUCAGAAUUUGUUCUAUCGAAAAAUAAUGUACCAAGUUUAAUACGAAAUGUAUUAUACACGUUAAGUCUCCAAAUUUACAUCAAAGCAGAGGUUAGAGAGCUAAAUGGUUAAAUAUUAAACCAAGUCAAAACAAGAAAUCGUUCAAUCAAGAUGCAUGUAUUUGAAUGGCUAAUGUAUGCAAGUAUGCAUGUUCAUUGGAGGUCCUAUUUCCAUUCCUAUUUUUGGGGUUAAUUAUCACAAUUGUUAUUAUGUGCUACUUAAGGAGGAUUUAAAACCUUCUAAAUGAAGUUUUAAUACACAUUUGUACAAAGUUAGGUAUCACGUUUUUACACGUUUAAACAUGUAGCCCCAUAAUAUGUAUAGGCACUGAUUUCCAUGUUAUUGGACUUUAAUGUUUCUCGCAUUUGUCUACACUAUUUUGUCUACAAAAGCACAUUAAUUUGUUUUAUCUCAAAUUGGAUGUAUUGGAAAACAUAUGUUAAGUUGUGAUUAUUGUUCAAAACUGAUUAAAAUGUACAGGUAACUUCUGUAGAUAUUUUCCAUUUUCGUAAAAGAUGUGACUUUUUAGUGAGCUAAAUUAUUGGAUCAAAUAGGUUUAUGUUCUUGCCCGUGUUCCAAUAUUGAUUUUACUUUUAUAUAAUAGCAUUAAUAUGCACUAUAUAGUUUUACUAUUGUUUUUGGGUCAUUGGGCUUUUAUAAUUUGGGAAUUAUGAAUUUAUGUAUGUUUUUGUGGAUUGAAUAACUGUUUUCAUUAAAUACACACACUUGUGUCAUGCGAGUUAUGUUUAAGUAUUAUGUACACACUAGUAUGCCAUGCUAUGGCUAAUUCCCUGUACAAUAGUAAAUAAAAUUACAUUAAAAGUCA